AUGACGGAGACUACACCUCCAACAGCAGCGUCGCGCGACGACCGCCAGGACCCCUCUGGCAAACCACCACUCCCCGACGCUGUUGCCUCCUUGAUGGAAUCGGCUGAUGGAGCUGCGGAUGAUGGUAGCAACUUUUACAAUACUCCGCUCAGCGGAAGUACUCCUUUACCGCCGUCGCAUAUCUUCAACUUAGUCGAGAAACCUGCAGAAAAGCCUCGUCCUCAAAUACCUGGGUUAAGUCUCUGCAACGAAUCGAAUGAACGUGAAAUACAGACAGAGGAGGGACAGAACUUGGAUGCUGGUGUCACGAUAGCUGACUCCCUGGACCUGGUCCUCACGGCCAUAGAAGCUGCUGCCAAAGAGGAAUCGGAGGGGUUUCAAGGUGCAACGGCUGGGAUAGACUGUGGCGCAGAGGAUAUAGAAAUGGGCGGGACGAAUCUGGAUGAGAAGACAGUCGAACAAGAGGCGGACUUUUCCACUGCUGCGGAAAGUGAAACUCAAGAUCAGGUAUCGGCACAGCUCGUCGUAGAGGCGUCAACUUACGACGACGGCACUCCAGUCACUGGCAAAGUGCCCGUGGCCGAAAACCACCCUGAAGCAAAUGGACAAAAAGAAUGGGAGACCGACUCUUCGCCUUAUGAGUCGUCCGAUUCCUCCUCCGACUCCUCAUCAGAUUCAAGCGAUGAGGACCCGGAUUACGAGCUGUUGGAUCCUGAAGAGCAGGCUAGAAUUUUAAUGGCUGCGGCAGGAUCGGAUGAUGAGGAUGGCAAAGACGAAAAAGCUGCCGGAAGGGCAGUGAGAACCGCUAACGAGAAGCCCCCUGAAGAAAUUUUCCGAAAGCCGGACCUCGUCGUUACUCCCGAUAUGAAAGUCGAUAUGCUUGGAAGCGUUGAGACGAUCGUUGACAAUAUCGUGUUGAUCAAAGCGAACAUAUCCGGUGAAUAUCAAGUGUUGGAAACAGGCUCGGUUCUCUGCUCAGCAAACUUGGAUGUUCUUGGGGUGGUAUCAGAUACCUUUGGAAAGGUCGAACAACCGCUCUACACCAUACAUUUCCCGAACCCGGACGAAGUUCAAAAGGCAGGUCUGGAAAAAGGGGUGCCGGUGUUCUACGUGGUGGAUCACUCGACUUUUGUUUUUACGCAGCCGCUCAAGGGAUUAAAGGGCAGUGACGCGUCGAAUCUGCACGAUGAGGAGAUUGGAGAUGAUGAAGUCGAAUUCUCAGACGACGAAGCGGAAGCAGAGUAUAAGCGUCAACUGAAGCUCAAACGUCAACAGAAACGAGAAGGCCGAUCUGAGCCUAGCAGGGGUGGCAAGCGUAGAGGUGGUCCGCCUGGCCCCUCUGGGCUGAGAAACACGGUGCUCAAUUAUGACGAUGAGCCUCAGGACGAUGGGUAUAAUACACUACAACGUCCAAAGGACUUGCAUCAGCAGAUGGGGGGUCGCGAUCCGAUGCAAGAAAGCCCAUACCGCCCGGCUGAAAGAAGCUCGCGGGGUGGCAGAGGACGCGGAAGAGGGAGAGGAUACGAUCGAGGAAGAGGAGGCCGUGACAGGAAUAGCGGUGCCCGACACCAGUCGCAUCGAGACAGCUACCAGCAGCAGUCUGUUUCUGAGCAAUCCCACCGGCAGCCUCUCCGCUCCCCGGCUGAAUACUCUGCGCAACAACCGUCAUAUAUCUCCCACCCGUCAGCCUAUUCACAACCACCGCCACCCCCUCAGUCAUAUCCCGCAAUGUCACCGCCAUCCGCUCAAUUCGCUUUUCAAAAUUUCCCUUUCCCUCCUCAGCAACCGCCCUUUGGCUUUCCACCGCCAGGCUCUCAUAUUAAUCCAGCUUUUUUCCCCAUUCUUCUGCAGCAGCAGCAGCAGCAGCAACAGCAACAUCCUCCACACCAGCAGCCUACUAUAUCCCCGCCAACACCGACAGUUCAGACACCAACCGACGCAUUUGCAGCCGCCCAAGCUCAGAUUGAUCUACUAAGGCGAUUGAGUGGCGGAGCGUGA